GGCACCAAUUUUUCACUCUCAGAAGAUUGCUUGACCCUCAAUGUCAUUCGCCCAGCCGCGAGCAGUCCGGGUGUGGCCUCUGGCAAGGGGCCACAAGGUCCACAGGACCUGCUUCCUGUUCUCGUCUGGGUAUAUGGCGGUGGCCUGUACGCUGGCAGCACAGCUGAUCCUCAAUACAACCUCUCUGGGAUCGUCAAAGUCAGCCAGGAUAUCGACCAGCCCGUCAUCGCCGUGAGUAUGAACUACCGUCUCGGUCUUUGGGGAUUCAUGCAAUCGGCACAGCUCCAAACAGAAGGGUCUAGUAACGCUGGUCUUGCUGAUCAACGUCUCGCCCUGCACUGGAUCCGAGAUAACAUUGCUGCAUUCGGGGGCGAUCCAGACAAGGUUACGAUAUGGGGUGAGAGUGCUGGUGCUCAGAGCAUUGCAUACCAAAUGUUCGCCUAUGGUGGCAGAGACGACAAUUUGUUCCGUGGCGCCAUCCUCGAGAGUGGCGGGCCCCAGGGCUGCCAGAUUGAGAGCUUGUCUUGGUACAAUACUGCAAACGAGAAUCUUACACGCAGUGUCGGUUGCUGGGGCGCGAAGGAUCAGCUGGCUUGUCUGAGAGCUGUCGACCAGGCCACUCUUUUCUCUGCCCGUCAGUCAGUCGUUUGGAACCCGAUUCUGGACGGCGACCUGCUUCAAGGUUACCCAAGCCAGCUCAUCGAGGAUGACAAGUUUGUCAAAGUACCAAUCAUCACAGGCGCCAACACCGACGAAACAUUUGCCAUUGCUGGUACACCAAACACGGAUCAGGACAUCUUCAAUAGCCUACCCACGUGGAGGUCCUACUCGUUCACGCCUCCUACCAUACGAAAAUUGUUCCAGCUGUAUCCUGACGAUCCGUGCAACCAGCCACCGUACGCCAUUACAAACUGCACUCGCCAUCCGUCACGAGGCCUGCAAUGGCGCCGCGCAGCACAAAUUGGGUCUGACCUCGUCAUGAUCUCCGGUCGUCGCAAAAUGGCGGAGCUGCUGACGCGGAGCGGCCAGGCAGCAUGGAGCUACCGCUUUGACCAACGUCCUUGGAACGGCGCCGAGUGGGAUGGCGUAAAGCACUUCCAGAACGUUGCCUUCAGUUUUCAAAACAUAAGCGGCUUGCUUGGGCCGAGCCCACAGUACGAUAGUCAUUUGAGGCUGGCUCAAGCCAUCGGCAAAGCCUAUGUUAACUUCGUCCGGCGUCUUGAUCCGAAUGGCAGUCCAACAGAAGCGCCCUAUGAUGUCGGUGCCUUGCCUGUGUGGCCACAAUAUAAUCUCGACCGGCCACAGAACAUAGUGCUUAAUGCCACGAAGAGCUGGAUCGAGGAGGACACGUGGAGGCAGGACGGUAUUGCUUACAUCAACUCGCCGGAAGUCAGCAAGGAAUUGUUGGGAUGAAAUUUUGUAUGUGUGUGUGUGUGUGUGUGUGUGUGUGUGUGUGUGUGUGCGUGUUGGAGAGGGGG